AUGUCUCGGCAGCACCUGCUCGUCCUCUGGGUGGCCUUGGCCGUGCUGGUGGCGCCGCUGGCAGCGCUGUGGGAGCUGCAGAAAGACGUUUACGUGGUGGAGCUGGACUGGCAUCCCGACGCGCCGGGAGAAACGGUGGUGCUGAGCUGCAGUGCCCCUGCGGAAGCCGACGUCACUUGGAACUGGAGCCGGAGCGACAAGCCGGUCGGCCGGGGCCCGACCCUGACGGUCCACGUGCGCGAGUUCAGCGACGCCGGCGAGUACACCUGCCACGUGGGCCGCGAGCCGCGGAGCAGCUGGACCCUGCUGCUGCACAAGUGGGAGGACGGGCUGUGGUCCACCGACAUCCUCAAGGCCCAGAAAGAACCCAAACAGAAGACCUACCUGAGAUGCGAGGCAAAGAAUUAUUCUGGACAUUUCACCUGCUGGUGGCUGACGGCAAUUGGCUCUAACCUGACUUUCAAUGUCAAGAGCAGCAGAGGCUCGGCGGACCCCCGAGGGGUGACGUGUGGAGAGGCCACAGCCUCUGCGGAGAAAGUGCGCGUGGACCACAGGGACUACACCCGGUACGAGGUGGAGUGCCAGGAGCGCAGUGCCUGCCCGACUGCCGAGGAGAACCACCCCGUGGAGAUCGUGCUGGACGCCGUGCACAAGCUCAAGUACGAGAACUACACCAGCAGCUUCUUCAUCCGGGACAUCGUCAAACCCGACCCCCCCAAGAACCUUCAGGUGACGCCCGUGCCGAGCUCUCAAUCCGUGACCGUCAGCUGGGAGUACCCCGACAGCUGGAGCACCCCCCACUCCUACUUCUCCCUGACAUUUUGCGUCCAGGUCCUGGACAGGACCGGGAAGGAAAAGAAAGACCAGAUCUCCACGGACACAACCUCCGCCAAGGUCAAGUGCGCGACGGAUGACAAGAUCCAGGUGCAAGCCCGGGACCGCUACUACAGCUCGUCCUGGAGCGAGUGGGCCUCCGUGCCCUGCAGCUAGCCUCCCAUCCCGGAACCAGACCCCAGGGGAAGAGCCAAGACCCCCGUGAAGAUGUGAAGAUGCGAAACUUUUACCAGAAUGGAUGGAGCUUCAGCCCCUCAGGGAUAUUUUCUACCUGAUUUGCAUUUGUUUCAGAUGCUGAUUUAUUAUUAUUAUUAUUUUUUUUAGGAUGAUAAUGUAUUUUUCUAUUUAAAGGCGAAGUGUCUACUCGGAACCACCCAUUUAUUUAUUUAUAGAGGGAGCAGUUUGCCACUGACCUUAAUGCAUUUUGAAUAUUUAAGUAAUUUAUAUAUUUAUUCAUUAAAAUAAAAUUAAAUUUGUUCA